UGAAAACCCUUCUAAAUACCCAUUGUAAGGUUGCAAAAGUGCACUUAAUAAAAAUAAAAUUGUGGGGAUUUGCGAAGAUCCUCAUCUAUGAAUUUGAUGAACGGUUCUACAAACGUUUCUCAUAAGCAAGAACUUAAAUAUUAGCAAAAGUUGAAAAUUUGUUGCAAUUAGACGAAAAGCAAUGGCUGCUGUAAGCUUCCAUACUGAAAUUGCAAGCGACAAAGAUAGCAUUGCCGACUCGAUAGAAGCAUGUCGAACCUGUGGUAUUUAUUAUAUGGUGAACUCGAAUUACUUAAAGCCAUUGUUCCAUUUGCCUGUAGAAAACACAGAAAUGAUGCUAAUACGCUUAGAACUAAGCAGUUGGAAUAUUGAGAUAGAUGAAAAUGACGGUCUUCCUCAGCAUGUGUGUAGUAGUUGCAUACAUGAAUUUCAGAAAAUAUUUAAAUUUCGCAGUUGUUGUGUAGAAACACAAGAGCAGUUUCGUCUUUUUAAUAACUUAAGACAAGGCAAUCAAGCAAAUAUGAAAAUAAAAACAGAACUGCCAGAUCCGGACGAAGAAAAUGUGUGCGAUUUUAUUUAUAUUAACGAUUUAAGCGAUAAUGAAUACGACGGCGCAACCGCUACGCCGUUCAAUAUACCACAUGCACCCAUAAAAGAAGAGUUAAUUGAAGCCGCCACAGUACCGAUUGAAAACACUGUUGAUCAGCCGUUGAGCAUGGCGGAAGCUUCAAUGAGUAUUUUAUCUUCAAACAUACAACAAGCGAAUUCGAACGUAUGUGGUAGUUUAAAAAAUGAAGACACUAAUGCGGAAGCUAAGCCGUCACAACCAACCCACGUCGAAUGCCACUUAUGUCAAUAUAUCUCGCGAAACCAGGAAACACAUCGACUGCAUAUGAGCCGCGUACACGAAAUCAAGGAUUUGGAAUGCCAUAUAUGUGGAAAAGAAUUCAAAAAUUCGACUAUUGUUCGCUUGAAAUUCCACUUGAAAUGGCAUAAUUUAAAUAAACACAUACGUUGCUCUCAGUGUGGUUUCGUGUGUAAAUCUCGCAACGCCUUAAAAGAACACAUCCGCGCGUUACAUGCUAGAAUCAAGUGCAAAUUAUGCGGAAAAAUGUUGAUAGCUAAAAAAAUGAAAAAUCACAUGCGUCAACAUGAGUUAACUUGCCAAUGCUGUUCGGAAGUUUUCCGAGAAGAGAGUGAUCUGGAGAGGCACUUGUGGCAAACGCAUGCUAUUGAAUGUCAGCAAGGAGGCUCAGGCUUAAAUGCUAAGCCUAACGAUGAGUCAGAGCUGCACAAUGCAGAAGAAAGUGUAAAUAUAAAUGAUUGUGCACUGAACUGUGCUCGUUGCGAUGAGAAGUUUGCACAACAAUCUGAACUGGAACUGCAUUUAAAACAGCAACAUUCUCAAAACAACGUAAAUUUACUAGAACUGGGUGCACAAGCUAUCGGGGUGACGUCAGGAUCAUUCGCAGUUUGCGUUAAUGAAGAUGUUAGUGAUACCACUUGCUCAUUUGGGACUUAUGAUAAAAAGUUGAAAGAAGAAAUUUACGUUUCUGCAGCUGACCUGUCAUCCCAUCCAAAUGAAGGAUUAGACGCGACAACGUUAUCUCAAACCAAUAACAUAUUCGAUAAAAGCACUGAGGAAGAAAGUCUUGAUAAUAUAGAAGAUAAUUUAGAGCAUGACUCAACACAGUCGGGAAGCACAAUUGAAAAUGGCUCGGAGAACAAUGGAAAUUCUUACGUAAAUGCAAGUACGCAUUCGUUUGCUUGCGCUAAAUGUACGCUAACGUUUGCGGCCAUAGAACAAUUGCGUACACAUUAUGAACUACAUUUGACAAAGGAGAAGCGCAAGUCUGAAUUUAAUUGUCACUUAUGCGCAAAACGUUUCGAUUUGAAAUUCUCACUUAACCGCCACUUGAAGAAACACAUGAACACAUCAAUCUAAAUGUGGACGUUUCCUACUUUCUCGCUUUACGUUUUGUUUUAACGUGACAUUUUAUUAAAACAUUACUAAAGUUAAAAUGCCAUAACACACUUUGUUAAAUGCAUACGCACUGAAGGAUGCGUUUACUAGAAAUGUCCUUCCGAUUUGACCAUUCACAUUCACAUUAUUGUUCAAAGAUUUCGAUAAAAAGCUAAAUUUUGUUAUAUAUAUAUUAUAUUUUAAAUUGUAAAAAAGACAGCUUAAAAUUUUAGUGCAAGAAAUGGUAUAUAUAAUCUGUUCACAAAUAUGCCUACGGGAAAAAAAUUGACUUAUUGCAUAAAAAAGAUGAUAAAUUAAAAGAAGCGGUCAGCGUAAAAAACAAAAAACGAACAAAUAUAUGUCCGUAGCUUGAAAAGUGCUUCGCAAAUGUCGAGGAGGGAUUAUAGGCGGGGGUAUCAAAGAUUCGCCCUAAUUGCGGACAUGAUCUCACCUUGAUUUAUAAGCAACUUUUCUUUCAGUUAACCUGUAUACUUUCACUUUCAAAUUUACAGGGUAAAUGGACUUUUGUAAUUUUUUUUUUAAAUUUGCUUUAACUAUAAGCGUUUUCGAUCAGUGUAGAAAUAUCAAAUGAUGGCCUUUUUUUCGUGAGCA